AUUUUUCGCUCUAAACACCGUAAAUCCCUUACCAUACCUAAGUGACUAGCGCUGCCACUGGUGUUCACCUUGCUCCGUCUUUUUCUGAUGCAUCUGAAACAUUCCGAUUUUACCUCUUCCUUCUUCUCUUAUUCUCAACAAAAGCAAAAUGUCUAUUUAAGCGUCCGACCAGGCUCAGUUAGAAUCGAUGGCAAAAAAGGGCAAAUGGAAAGUGCUUCUUUGAUUUCGGUGAGAGGAGAAAAUUUGAAAUCAAUUAUGAGAUUUUAUCGCAUAACUUUAUGAUAACCAUGUGUUACAAUUUGCAUUCGAAUGAUGAAUCUCAUAUCCGAAAAGCGAAAGUGAAAUGAGUCUUAAUUUUCCGUAUGUCCAAACAAACAUUGAGUAAUUGUAUUGAUGUGAGCUCAUAGGGCAGGGAUCGUGCUCCUUGUUGAAAAGAAAUUUUGCGUAGAUGCUUGUCCAUAAAGGUUUGCAGCUGUAAACACAAAAGCAAAGCAUUCCUGGGAGUAAUUUUCCGCUUUUGCGCUCAAUCUUUUCCCACAGGAUGUAAACAGAUCACAUGGGAUCUUCGAAGGCUAUUGGUUGGAUCGAACAAUAAACUUUUCGAAACGUAUUCCUCUGGGAUUGUUUCCUUGGAAGAUGAAAAUGAAAGCAACAUGGAGCUGGUGAGUUCUUCGAAAUUGUGAAAUGAUCUUACUAGCAAACAACUGAUUUAACGGUGACUUUGGAAGAGUUCAUUUUGGAUUUUUAAAUAUUCUCGAAGUGGAAUAUUCUCACUGGCAGAAUAUAUGUCUUUUGGUGAUUUGCUGCAUGAUUAUCUGUUACGCAAGCAACUCAAAACCUAAUGCAAGAGAAAGAAGCAGCAAAAUAGUUUGUCAAAUCAUACAAUGACUCGCUUGGUACUCGCCUUGUAUCUUUUCUUAAGCUUCCAAAACUAUUGCCACGCGUUGAUGGUGAAGGAAUACCGCGCGACAACGAGCUACCAGUUCCUACGCAAAUUGCCCUCCGCAGAAAAUGGCAAUUACAUCUGGAAAAUAUUGCCCGCUAUGUCGAGCACAAGCUAUUUUCUUGAAGUCUACUGGCUUACCUUUAAUGUUCAAGGAUCGAUGCCAAAGUGCGACCAAGAUAGUGUUGAAGUAUUCAUUACCAGGUAUUACAGAAGCAUCGGGAAAUUCUGCUCUUCAAACACAAUAGGAUACAAAAUGAAUUACAUGUUUUCAAUCGACGGAAAUAUGGCGAUCAAGUACACUUCAAAGCAAAAUGCCGACCUCUACCUUAGAUUUAGACUAAGAAGUCGACAGUCACAAUACAUGGGAUCUUAUAUGACUACAGCCUGCUAUAACACAAACAAUUAUCUUGGCAGUGGUUUAAUACAUUCUUCUGGUUAUCCGAGAUCUUAUAGAAGUAGCUAUUCUGACUGCUAUUACAAAAUAACAACAGCAACAGGAAAAGAGACUAGAAUAGUUUUCAUGGAUGUGCACCUCAACUAUUACAUUUGCGGAUCUUAUGAUUAUGUCAAGGUUAGAGGAUCCGACUCCUCAUCGUCGACGUACAAAACUAGUCAAUCUAUUUCUUCAAGACUGUGCAGUUACUCCUCAGUGGUUUUUGUGGCACGAAAGAAAUAUAUUUAUAUAAAGUUUAGGCGGAUACGAGGCUCUGUAGCACAUCGUGGAUUUGUGCUCAGCUAUUUAACAUACGAUAUACAGCCUCCAAGUCUACCACCAGGUGUCUGCAGCUUUGAAACCGGUACAUGUGGAUACGUUGAGGAUACAGCAGAUCAUUUCAACUGGAGGAGACAUCGUGGAAUGACAACAAGUUUUAAUACAGGCCCCUAUACUGAUCACACAACAAAGUCAAUUACUGGGUAUUAUUUGUACACUGAAUCUUCAACGCCAAGAAGGAGUGAUGAAAAAUCUCGGAUAUCGAAAAUGUAUUCGGGACUUCAAGUAAGCGGUAGCUGCCUGAGUUUUUGGUAUCACAUGCACGGGACACAGAUUGGAAGAUUGCAUGUAUAUUUAAAGAGUUCGUCCACACGUGCACUUGGGCUUCCAUCAUGGAGUGCAAUUGGUCAACAAGGAGAAGAAUGGUUACAAGCACAUGUGAACAUAUACAAGAAUAGUACAGUGGUUGUUUUUGAAGGAGUUAUUGGUACAGGCUUUAAAGGUGAUAUUGCUAUUGACGAUAUUCUUGUGCGGAGUGGUCCGUGUAUUAGCUCAGCUACCAAACAGCUUUUCAUCAUAAGACACCAUUAUGGUGGGCUUUGUGUCGCUCGCAACCCUGUAAAUGACAGGCUGAUUCUUACAAAAUCUUGCAACGAGUUCUUCACAUUCACUGACGAUGGCUCCCUUCUUCAUGUUGAUACCUUAAAAUGUGCUAUGCCUCUAAGCACAGUUGACAACUCCUUAAUAAAACUGCAGUCGAAAUGUGGCUCUUGGAACUUAAUGUUCGCUCAAACAAGUGCAAGCUCACUAAAACACUUACAAACCAACAAGUGCGUGCACCCACUUAAUGGCUCGUAUCGACCGGCAGUUGGAACAGAGCUUGUGAUUUAUGUUGGAUGUGACGAGUUGAGGUUGCGUUUCGAUUUACUCACCGCUAUUCCAUCAACUACUAGCAGACCAGUCACAACAAGGACUGUAACAACUGCUUCAACAACUAAGGAAAUACGAACGACUUCUGUGAUCAGUCCAGGCAACAAUUCGACAGGCAAUGAGUCAACUACGAGGCAAAUGACCAAAAUGUCAUCAACAACAAAAACAAUAACUACAAAACAAACAACUGAUUCAACACCCAAGAAAAGAUCUUCCACAGUGUCAACAACAUCUAGUACCAGCAAAACAUCAGGAGUGCCUGGCCAAAGUGGAACGAUAUUUUGGUCAACACCACAGACAACUGCUUAUUCCAAAUAUUUUGACCAGAAAGACCCUGGUGCUUCGAAGGACAAGUCCAACGACAAUCAAAAUGCAAUCAUAAUUGCCACCAGCUGUGUUGUGAGUUUAAUGCUAGUCUUGCUGACAAUAUGUAUCGUUUUCAAAAUUAAAAAGAAGCAUAGUGUAGAAAAGGAAAGUGUAUUGAGCACUGUAACGUUGGCACAGGACAAAGCAAAAAAUAUCUACGUAAGCAGCAAUGCAGGAAACAAUACAGUCGAUGGACAAUGCUCUCAUCCAGUAAACAGCAGACCUUUACCAGGAAGGCCUUUGCCAAUGGUCCCUUCUGAUGACCAAAUAGUACGUAGAGAGUUACGCAGAGAGAGUCUGGCAUUUGCGCAACACUCUUUCAGCGAACCGGUUUUAUUCAACGCAGAAGUCAGGCAAGAUCUUAUAAUUGAAAAUGCAGCAAGCAACACUCUGGCAUCUGCUGGAAGAGCGUUAAAUGGAGCACUGCCUGGUGAAUCAAAACUGCCAACCAACAGUAUCAACGAUUCAAGCAGAGAUUACAUUGAAAUGAAAGUCCCGUCAGGAAAAUUGACUGAUCAAGAUCACGAUGGAAUUUAUGACGAAAUUGAGCCAAGCAUAAUUGAGGAAAUAAUCAAACAAUCAGCAAUACCAUCUGUGCUUGUUUGCAAUCAAGUCGGUUCAAUAAGACUCCAUGGAAAGCCACGUUCUCAGACUGUAGAUGAGUCUCUCUUAUCUCACAAUUCACCAUUUGUUGAGCCGAAAAUGCGGCAAGGCAGAAAGAUGUCCGAAAAUUCUCUGCCCCCUAUGAUCAAAUCUUUCAAAAAGCCUUGCGAGCAGCAGCGAAGGGCAUCUGCCUCUAUGGUAACCGCUUACGCCAGCCCAGUGUCUUUGUCACCAUUUCCAAGUCCUAAUUUUUCAAGUCCAGGCAAUACAUGUGUAUUAGAAGACGAGGACACAAAUUAUCUUGCACCCUGUCAGCUCAAAGGUCCCAGUCAAACUCAGCCGAUGUCAGUAAAUGCGAAUGGCACGCGCUCUCUAAGAGAUCACCCAAGGAAAAACAAUUGGGAAGGAAAUAUUAGAGAAUCUCAUAUGUGUAAUCAGAUCAGUCCGAAAUAUCAUCCUAAGCCACGCUCUGUCACUCUAGAUGAGUCUUUAUUGCCAAGCAAUGAUCCUCAUUUUGGCUCGAAAAUGAUGGUACGACAAAGUAGAAGACUGUCCGAUAAUUCUCUACCCCCGAUGAUUAAGUCCUUUAGAAAGCCUGAUGAGAAACAGCGGAGAUGUUCUGAGCCCGUGUUGUCCGCAAUUUCUGGUGGAUCUCCAUUUUCAAGCCCUAAAUUUGACCAGUGCAAAGUAAUGAGCGUAUUGGAGGAAGAGGACACAAAUUAUUUGGCACCAUCCGAGCUGAAAGUUGCCUCAGAGACAAAGCCACAGGUUGCCGUAGCUGACCAACAAGCUAAUAAACAACACGUUACAGAACAGCAGAAUAACGAGGACAUUAAUGUUGAAAGCAAUGAAGCGUACAAUGAUGGGAGAAUCGAUUUGCCCAUGCAGGAUCCUGUCGAUAGAGACGUAGAUGAAAUCUUCCUUACUACACAUUGUAAUUGCACUGGAAAUGAAAGUGACAAGCAUACUUUGCAAGAAAAAGAGGAAUAUGUUGAGGAUGGAAACAUUUCAGAUAAUCUUUAUGUCUCUAUGAUUGCAGUCGAUUCUGAAAUGAAGAGUGAUCAGGAAGUUGGCUGAGAUGAAAGAAGAUAAAUUGGAAGAAGAUCAUGUUUACACGUCAUUGACCAUAUCUUAAGAGAAUUCAAUGCUAUGCACGUGACAAUUGAACAGGAUGAUACCUUAGCUAUAUGUUUUCAACAGUACCAAAGAUUGUUAUCUACUAUAGUUUACAAAUGCUUGUUUUCUUAUAUUCGUGUUUUACUUCUGUUUUACAUGCAUUAGAAAUUCAUAAAUGUCCCUAUACUUAAGUCUGAUAUAAUAAUUUCCUUCCGCAAAGCUUACUGCUUUUUGUCAAUUCCUGCUGUUAAUGGAUGUUUAAUUUAGAUGCAGUAAAGCAAGAACGAAAAAAAAAUUUUAUCUUUGGUGUUUAAAUACUAUUGUAAUCAGUUUUUUUAAUGAUAGGUGAUCUCCUCAGAACUUGUUGCACUGUUUCUUGCCUCCUUUUUAAUAUUGUGAAAAUUCUUUAAGAAAAUUAAGAAGUCACGUUGUCACUACCUUCAAGUCACAAGCUGUAUCGUGAAAUUGAAAUUAUCAAUGAAAACAAUAGCAUUUCUGUAAUUGUAUUCUGUGAUUGUAGAGGAAUUUGGCAAAGGUUUAUUUGUGUCGCGUGCGAUUGGAAUUUCAAAUGCAAGAAUUUUUAGUAAAACUGUAGACUAGCAAUUGUUUUUUAUCUUAGUCCAUUUGGAUAACCAAAAUAGUGAGAAUAGUCUCGGUAAAAUGCUUCAUUUUCAUAAAUGUAGUAAAUUGAAGUGUAGUUAACUUUUCUACUCGAUAUCCUCUUAGUUUUGUAAGGUAGAAUUAAUCAGUAUUAUCAAGUAAUGACUGUUACUCGUUAAUGUAUUCAGUCACGUAAUCAUCAUAAUUUGACACGCUCUGUCUUCUUUUGCUCUC